AUGUUUUCAGCAAGGGACCUUCUCGCGACUCCAAGCCACGAAGGCUUAUCGUACGUCGUCGACCAACUCUUCAAGCCUGAAGAAACCUACGAGUGUCAAAGCGCGCAAGCUCUGUACAAGUUCUGCGUCACCAACUUCUCAAACUGCUUAACCCUAAUGCUUCUCAACGUGUAUCUACACUCUUCCGACGACCUCAACAGAUUCAGAGCGAUCUGUCUCCUCUCCGAAACUCUCACCUGUUUAAGAAACCUCAGCUCCGAACUCUCUCUCGUGGCACUUGAUGUUAUAAAGCCUCUUCUUGUUUCUUGCUUGACAAUGCCAGAAGCAAGGAAACCUGACACCAAGAUGUUAAGAAGAAUCGUUUCUUGCGUAGCAAGAAACGUUGUGGAGGUGGAUCGUAACGGGUGGGACGAGCUUGGAGAUUGUAUGCUUACACUCGUGAACACUGAUCCUCUUAGGGCUUUCAAUAUCUUCCUAGACUUGCCUUUACUCGGUGAUGGAUUCUUGAACCGGUUCUUGAAAGAUCUUGUUGAAGAAAUCGAUGAGGUGUUGCUUAACCCUGAGAAAGAUAGAGACAACGAAGAGUAUUGGACUCUGGCUCUUGAAACUUCGGUUAAACUUGGGAUUCAGCUUUCGGAUUCAAAAACGGGUUUUGAUUUGGCGAGGGAGAUUCUUGGCACUGUUUUCAAGUCAGCUGAUAAUCUUGUGAUGCACGGUAAAGAAGAGUUUCUGCAACGAGGGCUUGCUCAUCUCGUGAAGUUCCUUGCGCAAGACGUUAACAUGUGUAGAUACAGUAGAAACCAAUGCGAAUUUGUGUCAGAGUUUGCGUUUAAUAUCUUAGGGAUCGGAAAACACACACACGGGGCUGCAAGGAAGAUCUAUCAGAUGGUUACAAAACUAGAGAACUCUGUUUGCAACCAAGCCUUCAAACUCAGCGACUCUGUAGUUGAGAACCAAGGGUUUGACCUAGACUUGUACAACAAGUUAAAUACCUUAUCUGCAUUGGAAAUCUUGAGAAUGGUUGCAUCAACUACGAUGGAUGACAAGUCCAGAGAGAUAGCAGUGGGAAGACUCCACUAUUUACUCUGUGACCACACUUCAAAUAGAGCCAAGAUUGAUGUUUCAGAGAUGAGACAGAUGAAGAAACCGCUCAUGUCUUGCCUCACUGAGGUUGGAGUUCCGGAGAACACGUUCAAGCUUCUCGGCAAGGUGGUGUUUCACGUUGCACUUGAGUUAUUGUGCUACCAAGAGGAUAGAUGGUUUGACCUAUGGGACUAUAUAGCAGCAGAAUGUGAAUCAGAGUUCGAAAGAACAGCUUAUAUCUUCCAGUGUUUAACAAUGAUGGUUAAUGAUAAAGAGUAUGUGAUUCCUGCGGUUAAUAAUCUUCUCCCAGAGAUAAGGAGAAGGUUAAUAAACUCACCAGGAGAGUUGUUGGUGGAUAACAGUGGCUGGGUGUUGGCGUUUGUUAGUGGGUUCUGUGCUGCUAUUCACUUGUUCGAGAGUGACAUUGAUACAGCUGAUGAGAUUUUAGAUAAGAUGGUGGACUCAGUGAGGGAGCUUGUGGAAAGAGACAUGGAAGUGGGGCUUGUGAGGAGAGGUUUCAGAGAUCUUGAAAGCAUUGUGAAGAAACAGGUGGAGUCGUAUAAUGCUGAUGAGUACAAAUUGGUCAAGGAUUUGCUUUGGGAGCUAUAUGAGAUCAAAGGGCUGAGAAUGGAAAGUAAGAUGGUUUUGUGGAGAAUCAAUGUGUUUCUUGAGAAGGGUACCCAAUUUGAUAAAGAGUUUCCAGAGAGUUUCACACAGUAA